AUGGACGAAGAGUGCAGCCAUCCGAUUCGCAUAGGAAAUAUGUGUGGAUGCUGUGGAGAAGACAUGGAAAAUAAGAACGAAGAGCUUUUCACGCUGCUUCACAACAACACGAAUGUACAGCUGAAUAAAACAGAAGCAGAAAGAGUCAAUGAAGAGAUGUAUGAUAGCACCACGAAGAACAAGAGACUUGUGCUCCUACUGGACCUCGAUCAGACAGUGAUCCACACGAGCGUGUCGAGUAGAUUUGGAGGAUAUUAUCGAAAAAUGAAAGAAUGUGUUUUAUUGGAAGAGAGAAUAGGAAGCCGCUUGGAGAAGGACGCCCUUAGAAAAAUAGAAGCCAUUAAAAGUGUGAAUGAAAUAAAGAUAGAUGGGUAUUCGUAUUUUGUAAAAAAGAGAGAUAAUCUCCAGAGGUUUUUAGAAGAAGUGUCGAAGUAUUUCGAAAUACACAUAUACACAAUGGGAAACAAGGCGUAUGCUUCGGCUAUAGUGAAGAUCCUCGAUGAAACAGGGAAAAUAUUCGGAAACAGAAUAGUCACCAGAGACGACAACUUUGGGUGCUUUGACAAGGAUAUUAAAAGACUCUUUCCAACCAACUCUAAACACGUAGUUAUACUGGACGACAGGCCGGACGUGUGGGGAUUUGUGGAUAACCUGUAUCCCAUACGGCCAUACUACUUUUUCCAGUCUGAAGACAUAAACAGCCCGGAAGCGCUUCGCAGUAACAGCAGAAGAGAAGAGAGCGAAAGGGUAGAAGAGAUAGUAGAGGAUGGCGUAGAAGAUAUUUUGGAGAGAGUGGGAGAAGAAUGCAUAGCUGCAUACUUUGACAACGAGCUGGAAAAGGUCCUCAACGGAUUAAUAGAUAUACACAGGGAGUUCUUCAAUAAAGAGCAAAACACAGCCAACAUUCUCCGCAGAAAAAAGAAUAUCUUCCACGGAUGUGUUGCCCGCAUAUUUACGCCUAUGAACGAAUUCACUACGUAUCUAGCAACACUUUUUGUGCACUACGGAGGAGCUAUUGGAGGCAAGUUCACAGCCACCGAUGUAACCCAUGUGAUUAUUGGAGGCAUUGAAAAAGUCAGGUGCAAGAAAUUGGAGAACAUAAAGUAUGUGCAUGCCGAGUGGAUGUAUGAGUCGGUGUUUAGGCUGAAAAAACAGAAAGAAGAAAAGUUCCUUGUAGAGACAUACGAAGCAGAUCAUGUGCUAGACGAGAAAGACGCUUUUGAAUUUACUGACCAUUUAGAAAUAGACACAGGCGACCAAAUGGACGAAUUGGACGAACUAUGCAGUAGUGAUGACUCAUUGUACAGACAAAUAGUAGAUGAUAACUAG